AUGAGUAUCUUUCCGUUGCAAAACGUACAAUGCGGUCCCCUGAAGCCGCGAAAGUACCCCCAAGCCGUGGUCGGGUCCCCGAAAGGGGCUAUUGGCUACAGAUUGCGGGAACGCGCCUGCAGGAUCGUCGAGCUCCAGGAUAGAUCCGCAUUCGAACGCUACGAGGCGGAGAGGCGAAGAGAGUACGAGCAUGUGACGAAGACUAUGGACUUCGAGGAGCAGACGGGUAGGAAGAUCGGCAGGAAGAAAGUCUGGGAGCAUGUUCAGCAAGGAUUGGCAGCCUACGAAGAAGGCGUGAAAGCGCGACGGGAGAAGCUGCGAGAGUUGCUGUUACGGGAACAAAUGGGCCUGACACGCGAGGUGGUGGAGCAGGCUCAGCACGGAGACGACGAUAGAAUGAACGAGAUGCGCCAGAAGACCGAGGAGCUGCGAAGACGGCGAGAGGAGCAACGGCUGGCUCUGGUGGCCGCGAAGAGGAUGCAGCAGUACAUAGCCCAGUGCCCGGAUCUACGCGAGAAAAUAGUAAAGAAGUACACGAAUGAGGCGAAGGAGAUCAACCUGGCUCAAAUGGAGGACAACGCGGCCAAGAGACGGGCAGAGGAGGAAACCGAGAAGCUGUGGCACUCUUUGAUGCUAAAAGAAGUUGAAGCUAAGAAGGAAAGAGAAGUGGAGGAAACGAAGAAACGCUGCUUGGCUAAUCAGGAGGCGACCACGACUUUGGCUAUGCAGAUGGCGGGAAAGCUGGCCCUCGACGAGCGGAAGAAACAGGUGCAGAAAGAGGACAGGGAGUACCUGGACUGUCUGUUGGAAGUGAUGCGUCGAGAGGAGCUGGAAAACCUGGAAAAGGCGCGACAGAAGAGGGAAAACCUGAAGAAGGACUUGCAGGGACAAAUACUGAUCGCCAAGAGACAGUUGGCCGAACGAGCUCGUCGGGAAGCCGAGUUGGACAACUUGCGACAGACUAUCACGGACGAGGAGCUGGCCAAGGAACGGGAUACCAUCAAAGAAGCCAGCGCGGCUCUGCGCAACGAGCUACUGGCCUACCUCGGCUAUAUGGAAAAUCUGAGGAAAGAGGAGGCCAGAAGGAACAUCGAGUUGGACCGUAUAGUGGAGGAGGAAAUGAAGAAAGCUAACGCGAAGCGCGAUCUCGCGAGGAAGGAGUCGAAAGAGGCCAGGCAAAGAGGCCUUCGGGAGUGUCUUCGGGGUCUCGAUGAACAACUGAGGCUCAAGUGCGAGAAGGAGAGGGGGGAACAGGAACGUCGUAAGUUGGAGAAGGAGGCGAUGGAAAAAGAGAUCGAGCUGGAGGGCAAAUUGGCUGCUCGCGCAAGAGAGGAAGCGAGGAACAGGAGGCAGUGUUACAAGAAGGAACUGGAGGAGCAGUGGAGCCACGCGGACGACGCUCGCCGUCGCGAGCUCGAGGAGGAGGAGAAGCUGCGCCUCGAGGAGUCGAAACGUCAGCAGGAGUAUCAGAGGCUCACCGAAGAACUCCUGUUGGCUUCCGAGAAUAUCACCCCGCAUCCGUUUAAGAUUUUGCUCAAAGAGUGCGCGGCACGCUACGCCGCCGAAAAAGAGGAUCAGUGUUACUGUCCACCAUCCUUACCCGCGGAGUAA